AUGUAUGAGUACAAUGAUUCGGACUUUGGGGGGUACAUGCCUAGACAGGAUUUUCUACCAACGCCCAUGGUUGAUGACUUGCCUAGCUUGGGCAAGUAUGAUAGUUUAUUUUUGGAUUCUGAUGAAAUUGCAGUUGAAGAAGAGGACAUGAACACCAGCGAAAGUGGUACAAACGGGUUGCAACACCACAAUGGAAUCCGGAAG